AAGCACUCUGAAGACGAGCUUUCCUGCAGUGUUGGAAACUUGGGCUUAUUACUGCUUCCUCUACCCGGAAACGCAGGCGUCACUACAAAAGAAAAGGUGGAGAGAGCACUGUGACACAGACAGGGCUCUGGACAGAAGAUGUUCUGAGAAGUGUUUCAGAGGCAAUCAAGCCACUAAAGAUGGAAAACGAGACAGUAAGCGAGCUGAACCAGACCCAGCUUCAGCCGAGAGCAGUGGCGGCCCUGGAAUACCAAGUGGCCACCAUCUUGCUGGUGCUCGUCAUCUGCGGCCUGGGCAUUGCGGGCAACAUCAUGGUGGUGCUGGUAGUGCUGAGGACCAAGCACAUGAGGACCCCCACAAACUGCUACCUGGUGAGUCUGGCAGUAGCCGAUCUCAUGGUCCUGGUGGCCGCCGGACUCCCCAACAUAACUGACAGUAUCUACGGUUCCUGGGUCUAUGGCUAUGUUGGAUGUCUCUGCAUUACUUACCUCCAGUACUUGGGCAUUAAUGCAUCCUCUUGUUCGAUCACAGCCUUUACCAUUGAGAGGUAUAUAGCAAUCUGUCACCCCAUCAAAGCCCAGUUUCUCUGCACAUUUUCCAGAGCCAAAAAGAUCAUCAUCUUUGUCUGGGCUUUCACAUCCAUUUACUGUAUGCUCUGGUUCUUCUUGCUGGAUCUCAAUAUCAGCACCUACAAAGAUGCUAUUGUGGUGUCCUGUGGCUACAAGAUCUCCAGGAAUUACUACUCACCUAUUUACCUAAUGGACUUUAGUGUCUUUUAUGUUAUGCCUAUGAUCCUGGCCACCGUCCUCUAUGGAUUCAUAGCUAGGAUCCUCUUCUUAAAUCCCAUUCCUUCAGAUCCUAAAGAAAACUCUAAAACAUGGAAAAAUAACUCAAUCCAUCAGAAUAAGAAUUUGAAUUUGAAGACCUCCAAUAGAUGUUUCAAUAGCACAGUAUCUUCAAGGAAGCAGGUCACCAAGAUGCUGGCAGUGGUUGUGAUUCUGUUUGCCCUUUUAUGGAUGCCCUACAGGACUCUUGUGGUUGUCAACUCAUUUCUCUCCAGCCCUUUCCAAGAAAAUUGGUUCUUGCUCUUUUGCAGAAUUUGCAUUUAUCUCAACAGUGCCAUCAACCCAGUGAUUUAUAAUCUCAUGUCCCAGAAAUUCCGUGCAGCCUUCAGAAAGCUGUGUAACUGCAAGCAGAGGCCCCUGGAGAAACCUGUCAAUGACAGUGUGGCCCUAAAUUACAGUGUCAUCAAGGAGACAGAUCAUUUCAGCACAGAGCUUGAUGACAUCACUGUCACUGACUCUUAUUUGUCUGCCACGAAAGUAUCUUUUGAUGACACCUGCUUGGCUGCUGAAAUAACCUUUAGCCAAAGCUGAUUCUUGAAUUCGAAGAAAAUGUACCACAAAGUAAAUAAAUCUGUGGAAUUAUCAGCCCAAAAGAGGAAACGGCCAAUACUCGUAUGUGAAGACAGAGAAUAUAAGGCUUCUGCGAUGCUCUAACAAAUCCUGGCCCACGGUACUUAACCUGUGAGAAUGACUAUAUUAUCCUUCUAGGACCAUGAAAAAUGCACCACAAAAAAUGGAGUAGAUCUGUGAAAUAGUCAAAUGGGGUAUCACAAAACCAGUAUAACAAAAAAAUGGAGCAAUCUGUGAAGGAGCCAAAUGAUAGAAACUGCAAAUGUAACAACUUCCAUUUAGGUUGAAAAAUUCACUGAAUUUUCUGGGGCUGUGAAGUUUAGAUAAAACUUGGACAUCAAUUUACACUAUUCACAGUUACCUUACCAUAUGUAAUUCCUCAACUACCCUCACCCAAAUUAUUUUUUCAUUUGGUAAUUUGGCAACAUGCAAAUUCUUAAAUAUUUGCAUUUAACAUUUUAUUUUAACAAAGUACAGUGCCACUUCAUGGAUAUCUGAGACUGCUAGAGAAAACAGGAAGAAAAACAUUUUAAUUAUCGAGUAAAAUGAGAUUUCAGACAAAUAUGUUCACUAUAUGAAAAACAAAUACAUCAUAGGCUUAUAAAAUUCUGAGAUGAUUUUUAUAUCUCACAAAUAUGUGGUCGUCAUUCAGGUUGAAUGUAAAAUAUGCCUCAUAAAAGCUAAAAUUUCCAAUUGUAAAGACAUGUAGAUUUGAUAUAGGUAAAUCCAGCUCUCAUGAACUCUUCAAGCCUCCUAAAUGCUGAGUGAGACAGGAGAAACACUAGAUUGCAUAAUUGUGGUGAUACAAACUAACAUGUAAGUAAUACUGAAAAGUUUAGCCAAGACGAGACCAAGUACUUAAAAUAAGGACUUACUUUUCCUCUGAAACUUUAAAGGAAGAAAAUCCUUUUUGCACAUUCUCAUAUAUAAACUACUGAGCCAUGUCAAGUGAAUCCUUCUAGCUGCAUCUAGCUUAAAAGUCUGAAACCUUCUCAAAAGCUUAGUUGCUAUUCUAAAUCAGCCAGUCUGACUAGACACAC